AUGGCAGUCUUCCAGGCGCCCCCGAACCACUACGGCGCCUACCUUGCGAUGGCCACCUCGGCCUUCUCCGGCGCCCAGCUCACCGUCGAGGCGCCUGACUCGGACCUGAAGGACCCCGAGCUCCGCCUGGACGGAGUGGUCAUCCACGGCGCCAACGCGAUCGCCAAGUACCUCGCGCUGUGCAAGGGACCGAGCCCGCUGCUGCCCACCGCCAACGCGUACGAGCGCGCCCAGGUCGAGCAGUGGAUGGACGUGGCCCUCAACCUGUAUUCGUGGGCGUCCUACUGGCUGCUGCCGCACUCGUCGCACGCCACGGACCGCGAGCGCGCGCACGCGCGCGAGAUCCUCGAGCGGGACCUGCGCGAGAUCAACGCGUACCUCGACUCGCGCACGGUCCUGCGCGUGGUGGGCGACGGCGCGCUGACGCUGGCCGACCUGGCGCUGUACGCGGUGAUCCUCGCGAUGGUGAACUCGACGUUCGGGAAGGACGUCGUGGCGUCGAUGCCGGCGACGAUGAAGUGGCUGCAGGCGGUCGCGGCGCUCCCGCAGGUGAGCGGGGUGACGGGCAAGCCGCGGUGGCGCGAGGACGAGGGCUGGCACGUGCCCGAGGCGGAGCGGCCGAAGAGCCGGUACGCGGCGUCGGCGUACGGCACGAAGAGCCGGCACGGGUCGCCGUCGCGGCGGUCCGAGAAGGACGGCAGCGGCACGGCGCCGUCGACGCUCCCCGCGGCGGUGCGCGCGGCGCAGGCCGCGGCGCGCGCGGAGGCCGAGCUGCAGAGCGCGGUCAGCGCGGAGCCGUCCGCGGACCCGGACAAGGAGGCGAAGAAGAAGGCGAAGCUCGCGGCGAAGGCGGCGAAGGCGGCCAAGCUCGCGGAGAAGGCCAAGAAGAUGGAGGAGGUCAAGGCGAAGCAGGCCGCGAAUGCUGGGAAGAAGCAGGCGGAGAAGGCGGCGAAGGCGGCGAAGGCGGAGGCCGAGGCGCGGGCGCUGGCGGAGCUGGUGGGGAAGAUCGAGGGGACGCCGGCGGGGGAGAAGAAGGACACGGCGUACGAGAUGCCCAAGGGGUACAACCCCCGGCUGGUGGAGGCCAAGUGGUACGACUGGUGGGAGAAGCAGGGGUACUUCAAGCCGGACAUGGCGUCGGACAAGCCGCCGUUCACGAUCGUCAUCCCGCCGCCGAACGUCACGGGCGCGCUGCACAUCGGCCACGCGCUGACCAACUCGAUCCAGGACACCAUUGUGCGCUGGCGGCGCAUGUGCGGGUACAACGCGCUGUGGGUCCCCGGGACGGACCACGCGGGCAUCGCGACGCAGACGAUCGUCGAGAAGACGCUCAUGCGCGAGCAGGGCGUCACCCGGCACGACCUCGGGCGGGAGAAGUUUGUCGAGAAGGUCUGGGAGUGGAAGAAGGACUACGGCGGGCGCAUCCUGACGCAGCUCCGGCGCCUCGGGUCCUCCGUGGACUGGGACCGCGAGGCGUUCACGAUGGACGCCAACCUGAGCGCCGCGGUGCAGGAGGCGUUCGUGCGGCUCCACGCCGACGGGCUCAUCUACCGCGACAACCGCCUGGUGAACUGGUGCUGCCGGCUCAAGACGGCGGUGUCCGACAUCGAGGUGGACUACAUCGACGUGCCGAAGCGCACGCUGCUGACCGUGCCGGGGUACGACAAGCCCGUGGAGUUUGGCGUCCUCACGAAGUUCGCGUACAAGCUCGAGGACGGCUCCGGGGAGCUCGUGAUCGCCACCACGCGUCCCGAGACGAUGCUGGGCGACACUGCAGUCGCGGUGCACCCGGAGGACCCCAGGUACAAGCACGUGCAGGGCAAGUUCCUGGUGCACCCGGUGAGCGGCCGGAAGAUGCCCAUCAUCUGCGACGCGGAGCUGGUGGACAUGGACUUCGGCACGGGCGCGGUGAAGAUCACGCCCGCGCACGACCCGAACGACUUUGCCACGGGGAAGCGGCACAACCUGGAGUCGAUCAACAUCCUCGACGACGAGGGCUGCAUCAACGCGGCGGGCGGGAUCUUCCAGGGGCAGCCGCGGUUCGUCGCGAGGGAGACGGUCGUGGACUGGAUGAAGGAGCAGGGGCUCUUCCGCGGCACGGAGGAGAACCCCAUGCGCCUCGGGCUGUGCUCGCGGUCCAAGGACGUGAUCGAGCCGUGCCUGAAGCCGCAGUGGUGGGUGGACUGCCGGCAGAUGGCCGCGGACGGGUGCGCGGCGGUGCGGAGCGGGGAGCUGGAGAUCGUGCCCAAGGAGUUCGAGGCGACGUGGUUCCGGUGGCUGGAGAACAUCCGGGACUGGUGCAUCUCGCGGCAGCUGUGGUGGGGCCACCGGAUCCCGGCGUACUACGUGCAGGCGGAGGGGGAGGACCACGGGCGGCCGGGGAUGCCGACCGAGGACAUGUCGCGGUGGGUGGUGGCGGGCGACGCGGAGGCGGCGCUGGAGAAGGCGCGGGCGAAGUACCCGGGGCAGGCGGUGCGCGUGGUGCAGGACGAGGACGUGCUGGACACGUGGUUCUCGUCGGGGCUGUUCCCGUUCUCGGUGUUCCAGUGGCCGAGUCAGACGGCCGACCUGGCCAAGUUCUACCCGACGUCGCUGCUGGAGACGGGGCACGACAUCCUGUUCUUCUGGGUCGCGCGCAUGGUGAUGAUGGGCAUGAAGCUCACGGGCAAGGUCCCGUUCAAGCAGGUCUUCCUGCACUCGAUGGUGCGCGACGCCCACGGCCGCAAGAUGUCCAAGUCCCUGGGCAACGUGAUCGACCCCACGCACGUCAUCGAGGGCAUCUCCCUCGAGGGCCUCCACGAGACGCUCCUCACGGGCAACAUCGACCAGAAGGAGAUCGCCAAGGCCAAGGCCGGGCAGAAGGCCGACUUCCCCGACGGCAUCGAGGAGUGCGGGACCGACGCGCUGCGGUUCGCGCUCGUGGCCUACACGGGGCAGGGCCGCGACAUCAACCUCGACAUCAAGCGCGUCGUCGCGUACCGCUACUGGUGCAACAAGCUCUGGAACGCCCUCAAGUUCGCCAUGAUGAACCUCGGCGACGCCUUCGUGCCGCGGCGCGACCUGGACGCGCGGCGCAUGCCGCUCGCGUGCCGCUGGGUCCUCCACGCGCUGAACAAGGCCGUCGCGACCACGAACCGCGGGAUGGAGGCCUACAGCUUCAGCGAGGCCACCACGGCGAUCUACGACUUUUGGCAGUACAAGCUGUGCGACGUCCUCAUCGAGCUGGCCAAGCCGGUGCUGCGCGGGGGCGACGCGCAGGCCGUCGACGACGUCCGCCAGGCGCUCUGGGUCUGCCUCGACACGGGCCUGCGCCUCCUGCACCCGUUCAUGCCCUUCGUGACCGAGGAGCUGUGGCAGCGGCUGCCGCGCAUGCCGGGCACGCAGGCGGCGCCGUCGAUCAUGGUCGCGGACUACCCGCGCGCGGACGCGGCGCUCGAGGACGAGGGCGCGGAGCGGGACAUAGGCGCGGUGCUCGAGGUGGUCGCGAAGUUCCGGUCGGUGCGUGGGGACUACGACCUGCAGCCCAAGCAGCAGCCCAGGGCGUUCCUCGUGGUGGCGGACGCGGCGCGGCGCGAGGUGCUCGCGGGCGCCAGGGCGGAGAUCUCGACGCUCGCGCAGCUGGGGUCGCUCGAGGUGCUGGGCGCGGCGGACGCGGUGCCGAAGGGGUGCAGCGUGACGGUGGUCAACGACAGCACGACCGCGUACAUGCUGCUGGCCGGCGUCCUCGACCCGCAGAAGGAGAUCGAGCGCCUCACGAAGAAGCAGCAGGGCGUGUCCUCCAAGCUCCAGACCCUUGCGAAGCGCAUGUCGGAGGAGUCGUACCUGAAGAACACUGGCGAGGACGUUCAGACCCAGGACAGGGAGAAGAAGGCCAACUUGGAAAAGGAGCUCGAGUCCCUCAUGGGCGCCCUCAAGUCUAUGGAGGAGCUCGCAGCCCUCUCGUGA